GAUAUCGCAAUUAUGUACUAAGCGCCAGGUCACAUUAACUGUCAGUUAUAUUAUCUAAGCUCUUCAGUGAAACAAGUGUGAAAGCAAUAUUAAGCCAGUUUCAAAACGGCUUCCGAUAUGCAAUCUUCUUCAAGUUCUACGAAAAUUUUGAAAAUUGUGGAAGGAUCGGAGAAUAGAAAACCUGUAAAAUUUUUCAUUAAAGAAAUUCCGAAAAAUAGAUACGAGGAUGCAGCAGAUCAUAUGUGUACAUAUUUUCUUGCAGACGAGGCUAUAUGCAAGAGUACCAACGUAAAAGACGAUCCAGUGGCAGUGAAGGAUUUUCGAAGUUUAUUCCUGUAUGUCUUAGAAGGUGGUCUAAGUGUGGCAGCAUUUGUUGAAAAUCCUGAGGAUGGAAAAUCUACAAUUGCGGGACUUAAUAUUUUAUAUCGCGGUGGAAAAGAAAAAGACCUUGAGUUUCAAGAAUUUACGAAUAAUUUUAAAUCUGAAAAGGCCAAGAGAAUUCUGAAAGUUGUAAGUGAUACGGCUGCCGAAGUAGAUGCCGAAAAAAUAUAUGGAACUGAAAAUUAUUUAGGAGGUUUGGGUCUCAGUGUUGAUCCUUCUUUUCGCGGAAAUGGAAUUGGCUAUCACCUUCUUCUUGCACGAAACGAAAUUGGAAGAAAAAAUGGUCUUGUGAUAACGAUCACAGUAUUUACCUCGCCGAUAUCAGCCAAGAUAGCAGAUCAAGCAGGAUUUACGAUUUUAUGCGAAAAAUUACGUGAUGAGCUUGUUGAUGAAAAGGGAGAAAUAUUAGUGCCCAAUUGCCAAUCAGAAUCUUUCAAAUGCAUGGGGAAAAGGCUGGAAUAACAAAAUAAAUAAUUUCUUAAAUAGCAAAAAAUCCUGAAAUAGGUUGCAGGAUUGAAAUUUUUAUAAUAAGUAUUAUAAAAGAGUGUUCACUUGAAGAUAUGAAUACUUACGUGACAUUUAAAAAAAGGCUCGUUUGAAUAAAAAGCUGCGAAGUAUUAUCUUUCCAUUUUCCACAAACGUGACUCUAAUUUGUCACGAUUUACAUUGUGACAUUCAGAUCUCAGCUGACAUCUUGAAAUGGAAAUGUCACAAGUUUAUAUGUAUGAAUGUGAAUAGCCAAGUAAGCUGAAUGAUAGAAACAUACAUGUGUACUAACGUCUGUGAAACGAAUUUUCUGACCGUUUUUCCUCUCAAGAAAAUGGUGUCGGGUGCAAAUGUUAUGCGAUGAAUAUGUAAUGUAAGUGCUUCUUCCGAGACGAGAUUAUUGUAGCUGUAUUCCUCUCAACAUAAAAAAUAAAAACAGCCCUUUUCUUUUAA